UCGAGAACAGCUGAAGAAUCGGCGUCUGAUUGGUUGCUUGGCCUGAUAUAGAAGCCUUAACGCGCAUAAGACAGUCUUUCUCUUUCAGGCGAGGACAAGCCGGCCUUUCCAUUGCGCAACAAGAACAUCUCAUCAACCUCGCGUCAAAUACAAAAAUGUCCAAGGGACCAGCAGUCGGGAUCGAUCUCGGGACCACCUACUCCUGUGUAGGUGUGUUCCAGCAUGGCAAAGUGGAGAUCAUUGCCAACGACCAGGGUAACAGGACCACUCCCAGCUACGUGGCCUUUACCGAUUCUGAGAGGCUCAUCGGAGAUGCUGCCAAGAAUCAGGUUGCCAUGAACCCAACAAACACAGUUUUCGAUGCCAAGAGACUGAUUGGACGCAGGUUUGAUGACGCAGUUGUGCAGUCGGACAUGAAGCAUUGGCCAUUUGAAGUCAUCAACGACAACACCCGCCCAAAGGUCCAGGUUGAAUACAAGGGCGAGACCAAGUCCUUCUACCCAGAAGAGGUCUCUUCAAUGGUGCUGGUUAAGAUGAAGGAGAUUGCAGAAGCCUACCUCGGAAAGACUGUAAACAAUGCAGUUGUUACUGUGCCUGCCUACUUCAAUGACUCCCAGCGCCAAGCCACCAAGGAUGCUGGUACCAUCUCUGGCCUCAAUGUUCUCCGCAUCAUCAACGAACCAACAGCCGCAGCCAUUGCCUACGGCCUGGACAAGAAGGUUGGAGCUGAGAGGAACGUCCUCAUCUUCGAUCUCGGUGGCGGUACCUUCGACGUGUCCAUCUUGACCAUUGAAGAUGGUAUCUUUGAGGUCAAGUCCACCGCUGGUGACACUCAUCUUGGUGGGGAAGAUUUCGACAACCGCAUGGUGAACCACUUCAUCGCAGAGUUCAAGCGCAAGUACAAGAAGGACAUCAGUGACAACAAGAGGGCUGUCCGUCGUCUGCGCACCGCUUGCGAGAGGGCAAAGCGCACGCUCUCCUCCAGCACCCAGGCCAGCAUCGAGAUCGACUCCCUGUACGAGGGAGUCGACUUCUACACCUCCAUCACCAGGGCCCGCUUUGAGGAGCUCAAUGCUGACCUCUUCCGUGGCACCCUGGACCCAGUCGAGAAGUCUCUCCGUGACGCCAAGAUGGACAAGGGUCAGGUCCAUGACAUCGUCCUGGUUGGUGGUUCCACUCGUAUCCCAAAGAUCCAGAAGCUGCUGCAGGACUACUUCAAUGGAAAGGAGCUCAACAAGAGCAUCAACCCUGAUGAAGCUGUGGCCUACGGUGCUGCUGUGCAGGCGGCCAUCCUCUCUGGGGAUAAGUCUGAGAAUGUCCAGGAUCUGCUCCUUCUCGACGUUACUCCUCUGUCUCUGGGUAUUGAGACCGCUGGAGGUGUCAUGACUGUCCUGAUCAAGCGUAACACCACCAUCCCCACCAAGCAGACUCAGACCUUCACCACAUACUCUGACAACCAGCCCGGUGUGCUCAUCCAGGUGUACGAAGGCGAGCGUGCCAUGACGAGGGACAACAACCUUCUGGGCAAGUUUGAGCUGACGGGCAUCCCUCCCGCUCCUCGUGGUGUUCCUCAGAUUGAGGUCACGUUCGACAUUGAUGCCAACGGUAUCAUGAAUGUGUCCGCUGCUGACAAGAGCACUGGCAAGGAGAACAAGAUCACCAUCACCAACGAUAAGGGUCGCCUCAGCAAGGAAGACAUUGAGCGCAUGGUGCAGGAUGCCGAGAAAUACAAGAACGAAGAUGAUGUCCAACGUGACAAGGUCUCCUCCAAGAACUCUCUGGAGUCGUACGCCUUCAACAUGAAGUCCACCGUGGAGGAUGAGAAGCUUACCGGCAAGAUCAGCGACGAGGACAAGCAGAAGAUCAUGGAGAAGUGCAACGAAGUCAUCAGCUGGCUAGACAAGAACCAGACUGCCGAGAAGGAAGAGUAUGAGCACCAGCAGAAGGAGCUGGAGAAGGUCUGCAACCCCAUCGUCACCAAGCUGUACCAGGGUGCUGGUGGUAUGCCCGGUGGAAUGCCCGACGGUAUGCCCGGUGGCUUCCCCGGUGCUGGCGGUGCUGCCCCAGGCGGCGGUGGCUCAUCUGGCCCCACCAUUGAAGAGGUCGACUAAACAUCGAACCCAGCAACUAGUGAAGAGAUCACUAAAGUGUAACCCUCAAUGCUUGAGUCUUGCCAUCAUUUGAGUUGUUGAGUGUCAUCUAAAUAAAAAAAAUAGGGUUCAAGGGAUCACAUUUGUAUUUGUACUGUUAGUUUGCCUCACUACAGGGAUCAAAUUUGUUUAAAGAAGUUGCCAAUUCCCCACAAAUAUUUUGUAUACCAGUUUUCGCAAUGACACAAUAAAUCUUGAAACCCUAAA